AUGCAAACCUGUGAGAUCCGAUUAUUAAGAUAUAUCUUACGUUGCCAUAUCUAUUGUCAGUUUAUAAUCAGUUUAUCGUCAGUUUAUCGUCUGUUUAUUGUCAGUUUAUUGUCAGUUUAUUGUCAGUUUAUUGUCAGUUUAUUGUCAGUUUAUUGUCAGUUUAUUGUCAGUUUAUUGUCAGUUUAUUGUCAGUUUAUUGUCAGUUUAUUGUCAGUUUAUUGUCAGUUUAUUGUCAGUUUAUUGUCAGUUUAUUGUCUAUCUUUCGCUGAUCCAUAUAAAACAAAAAAUAAAGCCAGUUAUAGCAAUAUAUUGAUAUUCCAGUUGAAAAUACAAUGA